AUUGUAUAGCAGAGGGUGGGAGAGAUAGAAAUGUGGCCGGGCUGCCAUAAAUAAAGUGCGGAUUUCAAACGAGACGAUAAAUCCAAGUAUUUCUGAUUCGAGCACGCAAUCGAAGCGGUAACCCAGACAAAAGGAAUCCCGUGCAGCCAGGUUAUCACCUUACGGCUCGGCAGAGAUCGUGUUUCAGCCUGUAAAUGGGUCAACCAGGAUGAGGAUGAGGAUAUGUUGCUGCCGGAUCAGACGUACGCGGACUACGACGUGGGCCAGCAUCAUCAGCAUCAGCAUCAGCAUCUGACCUUCCGCAAGAGCCGUCGCAGUCGGUCGCCGCAGUCCAAGCAACGCUCCAAGAGCUCCAGUGCCGCCAGCAGCAGCAGCUAUGAUCGCACGGCGGAUUUCUUUGAGAAUAUCCCAGACUUUCUUGGCGACUCCCUGCCCUCGUUUCUGUACAGUCCCCAGGUGGAGGAACCAAAGACAGAGCGGCAGAACGAGGGCCAUCGGAAUGAAUCCCAGGUGCUGGCAGAGGAGGAACACAGCGAGAGCACGAGUCAGAGCGAUAACUGUGAGGACGAUGAUGUGCUCAAGCUCUGCGAGGACUUUCUCUGUCGCCAUCGCAUGCGUCCGGACUUUUUCUGUCAGUACCACAAGGCAGUUAGUUCCACCACACCAUCGCCAAAACAACGAAAAGCCUCCCCCGCCAUUGUGGACACCACUGCCCCAUCCUCAGGUGUUCCGGCGGCAGAGCUAAAGGAGCAAAAGUUAACCAAGGAUCCCAUUUCCAGCAAGAUCAGCGCCGUGGUUGAACGAUUCACCAAGUUCUCGGCCAUUUACACGCUGCCAGUGGCCAAGCGAAAGAAGUCGUGCAACAAGACAACGGGUAAUAUAACAGAUGCUUCAUCAUCCAACGAGGCGGUGCAUCUGCAACAGCGGCUCAAGAGCCUGAGCACUGAGCUGGUCACACUCCGCAAUCGUUUGCAUGUGGGCCAGGGCCAGGGUCAAGGUCAGGCACAGGGUCAGACCAAUGGCACCCAGCCGCAGGGAGCGCCAGGAAGCGGUGCCAAUGUGGGUCCCAAGGCAAACAACUUUGACCUAAAUGCCUCCAGUCCGAAUCUGAAUCUGAGCUCUGCAGGUGGCGGCCUGUCCGCCAGUGCGCUGCAGCAGCACACCAAUGGCCACCACACAGUGUCACACAAGCAUUCGCAGCACAACUUUAGCCAUACGCUGCCGGCCAAUGCGGGCUCUGGAACGGUGGUGUCCGCACGUAACACAUCGAUUCCGCACCCACUGCCACAUCAGUUGGGCGAGAAGACGUCCUUGACGCACCAUCAGAGCCAUGGGGCGUCGACUGGCACGCUGCCCCACAUGGGUAGCAUGGGAAACAUCCUCGGCCAUGGUUCCCACUCGCACUCAAACUCCCAUUCUAACUCGAACACGCUGCCCAUGCGCUCCUCCAACUCCAAUGGACUAGGAGUGACAGCAUCGAAUAGAGUUGGAGGAGCAGGAGCCACCCAACACCAGUAUUCGCAUGGCCAUGGCCAGCAGCUGCCAUUCAUACCCGGAUCGAAGCAUGCGAAUCCCUGUCAGAGCGUCAAAACGUUACCCUUUGGCUUUGGAUUCGCGCCGCAUCCAGCCGCCAGGCUGCAGCAGAUCAGCGUCUUGCCCAAAUUGGCGCAGGACAUGCAGGACCUCAUCCAUCUGCCGGGACCACUCACCGAGCAUGCCGUUAUGCGUACACUUCAGGCCCGCUUCAACGAGCAGCGGUACUUUACAAAUGUUGGUCCCAUUUUGCUCUCCAUCAAUCCCUAUCUGGAUGUGGGCAAUCCGCUGACACUCACCUCCACGCGGUCCAUGCCGCUGGCGCCACAGCUGCAGAAGAUCGUUCAGGAAGCAGUGCGGCAGCAGAGCGAGACGGGCUAUCCGCAGGCCAUCAUCCUCUCGGGCACUUCGGGUGCGGGCAAGACAGCGAAUGCCAUGCUGAUGCUUCGCCAGCUGUUUGCCAUUGCUGGCGGUGGACCGGAGACGGAUGCAUUCAAGCAUUUGGCCGCUGCCUUCACGGUGUUGCGAUCCCUCGGCUCGGCCAAGACCACCACCAACUCCGAGUCCAGUCGCAUUGGCCAGUUCAUCGAGGUGCAGGUGACGGAUGGCGCUCUCUAUCGCACCAAGAUCCACUGCUACUUCCUCGAUCAGACGCGCGUCAUCCGGCCGCUGCCCAAGGAGAAGAACUAUCACAUUUUCUACCAGCUGCUGGCGGGUCUGAAUCGGGAGGAGCGCCAGAAGCUUCACUUGGAGGGCUACUCGCCGGCGAAUCUGCGCUAUUUACGCGGCGACACGGGCCAAAACGAGCAGGAGGAUGCAGUCCGUUUCCAGGCUUGGAAGACGUGCCUCGGCAUAUUGGGCAUACCAUUUCUGGAUGUGGUGCGAGUAUUGGCAGCGGUACUGCUGCUGGGCAAUGUUCAAUUUAUCGAUGGUGGGGGCCUCGAGGUGGAUGUCAAGGGAGAAACGGAACUGAAUUCGGUGGCCAGCCUUUUGGGCGUACCGCCCGCUGCACUCUUUCGCGGCCUGACCACACGCACCCACAAUGUGCGGGGGCAGCUGGUGAAGUCCGUGUGUGGGGAUGGAGAUGCCAACAUGACGCGGGACUGCCUGGCCAAGGCGCUCUACUGCCGCACUGUGGCCACGAUUGUGCGUCGUGCCAACAGCCUGAAGCGCCUGGGCUCCACUCUGGGCACUUUGAGCUCCGAUUCGAACGAGUCGGUGCACAAUCAGGCGGACGCCGCCUCACAGCAUGCCUCCACCAUUGGCGGCGGCAAUGCGGGCUCCAAAUCGAUGGCAGCUCUCAACAAUGCGGUGCGGCAUGCCACGGACGGCUUCAUCGGCAUACUGGAUAUGUUUGGGUUCGAGGAGCCCGCACCGCACGCCCAACUGGAGCACCUGUGCAUCAAUCUGUGUGCCGAGACAAUGCAACACUUCUACAACACGCACAUCUUCAAGUCCUCGGUGGAGUCCUGCCGGGACGAGGGCAUCGUGUGCGACACCGAGGUGGACUACGUGGACAAUGUGCCGUGCAUCGAUUUGAUAUCCUCGCUGCGCACGGGGCUGCUCAGCAUGCUGGAUGCCGAGUGUUCGGUGCGUGGCACCGCCGAGAGCUAUGUGACCAAGCUGAAGGUGCAGCAUCGCUGCUCCACUCGCCUGGAGACGAAACCCACCGCCGAGCCCCACGAUCCGCGCAUGUUUCUCAUUCGUCACUUUGCGGGACGUGUGGAGUACGAUACGACGGAUUUUCUGGACACCAAUCGGGAUGUGGUGCCCGACGAUCUGGUGGCGGUGUUCUACAAGCACAGCUGCAACUUUGGCUUUGCCACACACCUCUUUGGCUCCGAGCUGAAGGCGCUCUAUGCGCAACAGCAGGCGCCGCGCGGUCUCAGCUUCCGCAUCUCGCCCACAUCCCACUCGGACUUGCUGAACGGCGACGAGCCCGUGUCCACGCUCACGCAGGACUUUCACACGCGGCUGGACAACCUGCUGCGCACCCUGGUGCAUGCCCGGCCCCACUUCGUGCGCUGCAUCCGCAGCAAUGGAGCCGAGCAGGCGGGCACCUUCGAUCGGGCCACCGUUGUGCGGCAGAUCAGAUCGUUGCAGGUGCUGGAAACGGUGAACCUGAUGGCCUCCGGCUUCCCACACCGCAUGCGCUUCAAGCAGUUCAAUGCGCGGUACCGUAUGCUGGCGCCCUUCCGCCUGCUGAGACGAAGCGAGGACAAGGCACUGGAGGAUUGCCAGUUGAUCCUGCAGUAUGCCAUGGAGCAGCCACCUGUGCUAGAUGGCUCCGUGACGUUAGCCUGGACACCGGGCAAGCGUCACGUGUUCCUCAGCGAGGGCAUACGCCAGCAUGUGGAGCAUCUGCGCACGGAAAUCCGCCAUAAGAGCGCCACCUUGAUGCAGGCCACCUGGCGUGGCUGGUGGUGGCGCAAGAAGAUGGGCAACGGCGUCAAGCGUACGCGUAUGAUGCCCCACCAUUUGCCAUCGCCAUCGGCUGCACCACUGCCAGUGGCCAAGCAGCCUAGCAGCCAUUCUCACAUUCCCCAGAGCAAGUCCGCCUCCACGACGAUGGCUGCAUUGGCGGCAGUGGCUGCGGCAGCUCCCACCACAGUGCCACGCCUCUCUGCCAAGUCCACAAAUCUAGGCAUUGGAGGAACGGUCACCAGGCCCAGACCGCAGCCGAUUGCUGGUACUCCACCGCCAGAUCCACAUGAGAAAUGCGAUCAGAAGAUAAUACAGCAAACCUGCAGUCUGUUUGGACUGGAUUUGGAACGUCCACCGCCUGUGCCGCCCUCCCGUUCCUACACAAUCAGCGGCAAUUCGAAGCUGGGUUAUCCACAGAGUCGCCUCAUGAAGACGAGCUUUCCCGAGGAGGCAACCGCUGGACAAGCGGACUCACAGCAGCUGAAAAAAGGCGAAACGGUGACUGUGGUGGGUGCCUCCAGUGGUCGUGGACAUUUGCUGGUGGAGCACAAGGGUCAGAGCUAUCAUGUGCCCUUUCAGUACAUGGAAUUGUCUCCGGGCAGCCACAGUGGCAAUGGAAAUGGGAAUGCAAAUGGGAAUGCAAAUGUGACUGCCCUGCCUGCCGUACAGGCGAAUGGUGUUAAGAUUUAAGACUCGAAGAAGAAGACUGUAAAUAUUCAAAUUUUUGUAAUCUAAGAAACAUUCACUUUACACAUUUUAUUUAUACAAAACGCAACGCAACGCAUUCACAUGCUCCUGCCCCCGUGGUGCAUUCAUUCAAUUAGUAUUAUUCAAAGUGUUUUACUCACUCGAUCGAUAGGUUGUAGCCCCCCACCACACAAGUGCCAAUCAAAUAAGUUCUUCCAUUUAGUUUUUAAGUGACUAAUUCGUAAGUGACUGAGAUUACAUUUUGGCAGUGCUAAAAGGCCAACAGUUUACAAUACAAACAACAACUAAGCUAAACAUUUGUUCGCCAACC